GCAUAGGGCGCUCACAGUGCUCCGCCUCUAGUCUCAGGGAACUACGUUUCCCAUGAGUCUCUGCGAAAGCCCCGGCAUAGGACGCUCACGGUCCUCCGACUCUUGGGCCGUGGAACUACAUUUCCCAUGAAUACCUGCGCAGGCCCGGAUGCGUUCUGUGUAGGGGCCCAAGGGCUGUGGGAGCAGGAAACUACAUCUCCCAUGAGUCCCUACGAUCGACUUACCCAACGUCUGAUUCAUUAAAGCUCUCGGAUGGAUCGAGACUUCAGAGAACCGUUCCCGGAAGUGCUUCGAGCCCCGAAGAGCCCGAGCCCCGCCCCGUGUCCUGGGGGAAACGGUGUGGAAAAGCGCGGCGGCCACGUCCUCCCCAGGAAGUGAGCUGCGGCUGCUACGGAAGUCCGGACGUUUCCCGCGCGUCACCGGAUGUGGUGGGUCGGUGGGCGGGGCCUCGGACGCGGCACUCCAUCGGAAGCCACACGCUCCCCGCAGAGGCUUUCGGCUCCGUCCCCGUCCCCACGACCCCCGUCAUGGAGCUGACCCCGCUGACGUCGCUGCUGAGGGGCCACCGCGUGGUGCUUGCGAGCACGUCUCCGCGGAGGAGGGACAUCCUAGAACUCGCGGGUCUGAAGUUUGACGUCAUCCCGUCGCGGUUCGAAGAGGUGCGCGUGACGUCAUCGCGCUGCCCGGGCUCCUUCGCCCUGGAGAUGGCAACAGGCAAGGCACUGGAAGUUGCGCACCGUAUCUGCCGGGCGGACCAGCUGGAACCCGUCGUGGUCGUUGGUGCCGACACAGUGGUGGCCGUGGAUGGUCGGAUCCUGGGGAAGCCUUCGGACCAAGAGGAAGCUUUUUGGAUGUUGAGCAGUCUGAGUGGGAAGGAACAUGGCGUGUUCACAGGAGUAGCCUUGGUGACAUGGUCAGGUCGUGACCCGGAACCGAAAGUGCAUGGCUUCUUUGAGGAGACUCGAGUGACUUUCUCGAGACUGUCUGAGGCAUUGAUUCGGGAGUAUGUGGACACGGGGGAGCCCAUGGAUAAAGCGGGCGCCUAUGGGCUGCAGGCUCGGGGUGCAAUGCUGGUUGAACACGUGGUCGGCGACUUCCUGAAUGUUGCAGGAUUCCCCCUCAACCGCUUCUCCCGGGAACUUCAGGGUAUGCUGACAAGAAACAACCACUUGGAGACAGGAAAUGUGUGAGACAGGAAGCAUUAGGAAUAGUCUUUCAGGACAUUUCCUGUCAGGAGACUGCCACCAUGAAUUCAUACACGUGCUUCCCAGGCUGACCCAUGACCUCUUCCGGUUGAAGGCGACAAUUUCCGGUGCUGCCCACUUGUCUUGAGGGGUGAGAUGUUUUGGGGUGGAGCCGGGCAAUAAAGAGUCGGGUUUGAGAAAUCGUA